UGUUCAGUUCUCUCGGCUCAAACGUCUGUGAUUAGCAUAUAAACAAAUGUCAAAGAAAAAAAAUAUUUAUAAUCAACACAUUAAGUAGACAACUUAAUUGUAUAAAUAAAACAAUUUAGUUUCAAAAAAGCAGUUCGAGUAAAAGCAACCGUAACAAAGUCUAUUCGAAAUGUUGCAAUUAGUGAUAAAAAUACCGGGUCUUCUACUGCUAACACUGAUUUGGUCUAGCAGUGGUGCUCAUGGAAUAAAAUUGAACUUGACCUCAAGUUGUGCUCAUAAAGACGCAUGUACUUUUAAACAAAUCUCGGUCUCAUACAAUGAUCCACUCACUGUGGUGAACUCAAGUGCACCAGACCUCAAGGUGCUUGUACUGCGUAAUUCGGUUAUCGGGCGUUUGCCACGUGAACUGUUUGAUUACACACCUAAUUUAAGUGAGUUUAUUAUGUAUAAAUGCAAUCUUAAUCAUUUGAAUGCGCUCGAUUUUCAAAAUGCGACAAAACUUAAAAGAUUAGUACUACAAAACAAUCGCUUAUCGUCAUUGACUGAAAAAGUAUUCAUGGGCGUCAAUUCGCUUGAAGAAUUAUACUUGGCGGAAAAUGCAAUUCAUCUCAUACACCGGUAUGCAUUUAAGGGCUUAAAAGAGCUACAAUAUUUGGAUCUGCAGCAAAAUAGUAUAGCUUCGCUAGAGUUUGGUCUACUGGUAGAAUUAGAAAAUCUGGUACAUUUGGAUUUGAGCUAUAAUGAAAUCACUGAAAUUGAUUCAAAAACAUUUCUAACUAAUGUGAAGCUGCAAACCUUGCUACUGAACAAUAACAAAAUUACUCAGUUUGAUACGAAUUUGGUGGCACAAUUUACGCAUCUACAUCUCUUGGACAUAAGUAAUAUAAACAUUGAAGAGAUAGCACUGAACUCUGUAGAUACGUUGAUAGCGCAAAACUGCAGUCUUAAGAGCUUGCAUAUACGCGGCAGCGCCAUGAAAAUAAAUGCCAAUAGAAAUAAUUUGAAAAAAAUCAAAAUUGAUGACGUGACUUCAGUGCUGGAAUUGGAUUUGCGUGGCAAUUUAUUUGAGACACUCGAUGACUUCCAAGCCAUGACAAAUUUACAAAAGUUGGACAUAUCUAAAAAUCAAUUAAUUAACAUUUUAACAUCUUCAAUAUCAAUACCUUACUUGACCAUGCCAAAUCUAUUGCAUUUAAAUUUAGCUUGGAACUCAUUACAUGAGGUGCAAUCUGCUCACUUUUUAUUAUUACAAAAGUUGACAUACUUGGAUUUAGCGAUGAACUCACUUAAGAACUUAGAUUCUCUAGUGCUUGACCCUUUAGUUAAUUUGGAAAAAUUUUAUAUUGAAGGGAAUCAGCUGCAAACGUUCGAUUUUGAUACUUUUGUAAAAGAUCAUGAGAAUGUGAAAGAAAUUGGUUUAUUUAAUAAUGAAUGGGAAUUCAAUUAUAUAGGUAAGGUUAUAAAUUCUCUACAAGAACAUUCCAUACAUCUUCCACUACGUACAAUAUCAUCAAAUAAUUCGAAAAGUCUACACAUCAAUGCGGCACAUACAAACACACAAGCGCGCUUCUCUUCUUCCGCUUCAUCCAUGGAUAAACUAACGAAAAUGAGCCAUGCUGGUCGUCCACAUGAUGGAAAUGAGGUUACAAGUAUUCAUCCGUACUGGACAACACGUGAUAUUAUGGCUAUGAUAAUUUUGGUAAUUGUGUUUCUUAUUCUGUUAACACAAUUCUAUCUAAUCCUAAAAGAAGAAGACUGCUUCAUCUCGUGCAGGGAACGGUGGCGUCGCAUUACUUACACUCAGGCACGUUCCAGACGUUUAAACGAAGAAGACUCGCAGGUGUAGUUCAGUUCCACAAAAUAUUUGUAUAUAGCUAAAGUAAAAUUGUGAAAUAAAUUUUAUAUUUUUAUAGUGUAA